UUCUCAACCUGAAACAAAGAAGGAGAAGGGUUUUCUCUUUUCAAAUACAUCCAUCAAUGAGGCGUACAGAUUCCUUCCCAUGCUGGCAAUCCUGGGAACCAUCUCCCUUUCUUUCUAUGAUCCAAGUACUCUUUUUUCUUUGUGGCAGCUUCCUCCAACGACCAACAAGAGCAAGUAAACGCCUGAUGAUGCUGUUUACCGAAAAAAUGGAAGAAACAAAGACUGAUGAAGAUGCAUAUUCUUCAAUCACCAGUCCACACAGUCGAAGAAAUCCUCCAAAACCCACAAAAAGAAAACGACAAAAUGGCGGCCAUCUCCGACGCCGACGAAGUUUCUGGCAAUAGCUCUCCUACUCCGAGUUAUGAUCGAAUAAAAGAGCAAAGAGAAUUCGAUGAAACUCAAGCAGGUGUGAAGGGUCUAGUCGAUGCCGGGGUUGAAAAGGUCCCUCGUAUCUUCAUCCACCCACCUGAUGCUCUCCAUGAUCUGCCCUCUCAGCUGGGUUUCAUUCAGAGCCACCGCCGUCAGACCCAUUUGAAAAUUCCGGUCAUAGACUUAAACCUGAAGGAGGGUACCUUCGAUUUCGAAUUCAAUGGAAACCCAACUCGGGCCUCGACUCUAAGGGAUGAAAUUGUCGAUCAGAUCCGGCAAGCAUCAGAAACAUAUGGUUUCCUCCAGGUAGUGAAUCAUGGAAUCCCUGUAAGUCUAUUGGAGGAGAUGCUAAAAGGCGUUCGAAGGUUUUUCGAACAAGACACGGAAGUCAAGAAAAAAUUCUAUACUCGCGAUGUUCUUGGCAAGAAGGUCGUCUAUAUCUCCAAUUUACAUCUCUACAAAUCUCCUGCUGCCGAUUGGAGGGAUACACUGUUUUGUGCAAUGGCCCCUCAACCUCUCGAUCCACAAGAACUGCCUCUCGCUUGCAGAGAUAUAGUGAUGGAAUACUCCAAGAAAGCUCGGAGCUUGGGGAUUGCUUUGUUUGAGUUGCUAUCAGAGGCUUUGGGGCUUAACCUCAAACACUUGGUAGACAUGGGUUGUGCUGAGAGUCAUGCUUUUCUCUGUCAUUACUAUCCGGCAUGCCCUGAGCCAGAACUGACACUUGGCACUAGCAAGCAUGCCGACAAUGAUUUCAUCACCAUCCUUCUGCAAGACCAUAUCGGUGGCCUUCAAGUUCUUUGUCAGAACCAAUGGGUUGAUGUUUCCCCAUUGCCUGGAGCUUUAAUCAUCAACAUUGGUGAUCUUCUGCAGCUUGUAUCUAAUGACAGGUUUAAGAGUGUUGAACAUCGAGUAAUUGCUCACAGAGGGGUCACAAGAGUUUCAGUUGCCUGUUUCUUUAAUGCAAGUAUUGAACCAUCCACAAGAGUUUAUGGGCCAAUAAAGGAGUUGUCAAUCGACAAACCUCCAAUCUACAGGGAAACUACUCUCAAAGAGUACAGCACACAUUUCGCAUCGAAGGGACUUGAUGGUACCUCUGCUUUGCAACAUUUCAAGCUCUGAAACUUUCCAUGGAGGGUAGUAGCCGUGAGAUAGAAGUUUUCACCUUCGUGUCUCCAACUCUCGCCCCGCAGUGAGAAGUUGCUUGGGAGACUAAGAGAGAUGAAGUGAUGUUUGGUGUAAAAUAAUGGAGUCAGACCCAGAUAUAAAAUAAUGGAGAUUACUUGUAAUAAAUUAGGCCUUUAUGGUAAAAAAAAACGAUAUAUAAUAUAUUAUUAUAUUUAUGGGA